AUGGAUUACCAAUGGCCGCAGCAGGGCGGGCAAGCGAUACAGCGCAAGGCGAUAUCGAGGCGACCAGUGGCUCAACGGAGCGCAGAUGUGCCGGAGAAGUCGCUGUUGCGGACGCCGGAUGCGACGAGCGAUGCAGGGCCGCGCGUGGACGACAGUGAGCUGGCGGGCCCGAAGCCGUCGCAGUUUCUGACGCAGAGGCGACAGCAGACGACAACGAUGACGAUGGGUUCGUCUGCCUCCAGCACACCCACAUGGGCGACGACAGCGUCGACGAUUUCGACAGAUUCGACGGCAGCCUCGAGUGUGAUGACAUCGGGGUCAUUAUCAGCGCCUGUCCUGGCGGAGCGACCACGAACGGCAACAUAUGUGGGACAGUACGGGCCAGGGUUUGGGCAGACGGCAGCGAGCAGCCACAGUGGCCAUGUAUCGGACGACGAGACAGGCAAGGGCAAGGGCAAAGACAAGGACAAGGGACCAUCGUUCUGGAAGACGGCACUGGACGAGACACGGUUCUUUGCAGGUGGGCUGGUGCAGAAGCCGUUUGAGUCGACGAAGCACUACACGAUCAUGCGGCACUCGUCGUGGCUGAUCCUGUACCGGGGGCCGGCGACAAGCGUAGCUGUGACAGUGUUCUCGACGGCAAAGCACGCGCUGCCGGCAGACCGGACGGUGUGGCUGCAGCAGCGAGGUUUCUCGGGGGACGCCGGGCUGCGGCUCAAGACGCUGGUGGGAGCGAGUGGCAGCUGGCUGGACGUGACGCCCGAGCGGGAGGCGACGGCGAGCGAAUUGCCGGCAGUGGACGAGCGAGGAUACGAGCGAGAUAUCAGCCGGCUGCUGAAGCGGGCAGAGAAGCACGGCGAGAAGGCUCUAGCAAAACGGCAAGUGCGUGAGACACUGGUGGUGCGGAUUCCAGCGGCAGCACAGGAUGGCUACUUCCGGCUGGUGGUGUGUUCAGGGGGCCCUACGACAGCAGUUGGUGGUGCGGUGACGAAGCGCAAGGUUCUGUGCGGAUGUCCGGUGUUUCGAGUCGCGAGCACGUCGACGGAUGCGAGCAUCUUCCGGGGGGCCAGCCUGCGGACGCUGCCGCUGGAGGCAGGGGUCAAGCUGGUGUCGGUGAUUGGCAGCAAUGCGGUGGCGGCGUGGACGGAGCCGGUGGUGACGGUGGUGCAAGACAAGGUGCAAAAGUACCAACCGGGCACGGCGAGCACGCUGGCGGCCACGGAAGCAUACGACCAGAGCGGGAUGCAGCAGCGGUUGGAGCGGGCGGGCGAAAUGUACAGCGAGUCACGUGAGACAGCAUACAGCGUAUGGGGUGCUGACAAAGCCAAAGAGGGUGAAAAAGGAGACGAGGACGAGAUGCCGGACAUGGUCGGGGCCGAUGCAGGACCAGAGAAACCGUUUCCACAAUCGAUACAGGGUCGUGUGGUGCGCGGGACCGGACGCAGCAGUGGCGAGCUGGGCGUGCCGACGGCGAACCUGGACGGUGUGAGCGACGAUGUGCGACUGCGCAUGCGCGGGCUCUACUUUGGCUGGGCGACGGUGCGGCUGGGCGACAAGGCGGGCGACGAGGACCAGCGGGUGUCACACGACUGGAUCGAGGCGCUGGUAGUCGUGGGCCCGUCACCAUGGGCACCAGCCGCAGCGGUGGUACCGCGCAGCGAGGUGGCCGUGCAUGUGCUGUAUGAUUUUGGGGGAGCGAGCCUGCUGGGGCGGCGGCUAGACGUGGUGGUGAUGGGGUUUCUGAGGGGCCUGAGCAGUGGUGAUGGUGGUGCUGCUGCUGCACUGGGCCAUGAUGCCCGGGUGGCCGUUACGAGCCUGAGCCGGCCGCGGUGGGGACAGCAGGCAGCGUUGGCACAGAUGCAGUCAGAAAAGGCACGCGGUCUGACGGAUCGGAUGGCCGAGUCGCGUGGCCGAUUCCAGAAGCAGGUCGACCGGAUCCCAGCACACUGGGUGGGCGUGCGGACAGCCGGGGGCGAGAUGCGCGACCAGCUGUACGGGAACGGAGGAUUCUUUGUGAAGAGAGGCUGA